AUGUCGAAAGUUUCAAUUUGUGAAGUCGCUAUUAAAGUGGGAAGUUUCUGUAAAUUUUUUGGUUUCGCUGUUUUCUCAGUUGUUGAUGGAAAAGUUAAAGUUACGAUAUUUGAUAAAAUUUGUUUUAUUUUAAAUUUCUUGUUUAUAAUUGCAUUGGGUUAUUUCGGCAUUUAUUACCAAUUCUCCUCAUUUGAAGAUUCAAUAUUAGCUGCAAUGGGAACGUGUGUAGCGGCAGCAGGUGGAACUUUGUCCUCUUUCUUCUCCAUGACGAUAACUUUAUACUUUCGACACGACAUAUGGAAACUUAUAACUCUACUUGAUAAUAUGACAAACACUUUCAUGGGUUUGACGAUGAUUUUCAGUUAUUUACUUUCUCUACAAAUUAGUUUAAUUAAUGAAACAUUGAGUCUCAAAUCAAUUCAUCUUGAUUGCAUCAAAUGUGUGCAACUAAUUAACAAAAUCUUUGGAGUGUUGGCAUUGGGAUCUGUUGCAACUGACUUCUUAGUCUCGAUCUUUUCGAAUUUCGUUGCAUUCAAAGCAUUUUACUUCAACGAUGUUAAUAAAACUUAUGCGGUGGAAUGUUUAUGCUUCGGCAUAUUCUUAAAAUACACCGUCAUGUUCAUGUUAUACGCAUGCAAUCGAGUAAGUUCCGAAAGCAAGCGUCUACAAACGUCGAUUUCAAAGUUGAGCUUUAAGGAAGAUUAUUCAAUUUUACAACUGCAAGCUUUUGGGAAUCAAGUGAAAAAUUUACCUGUUAAACUGACAUGUGGACUGUUCGACUUUGAUUAUUCUUUAGUUAUGAUGAUGAUAUCAUCAGUUUGCACAUAUCUGCUGAUUGUGAUUCAAUUUGAAAUUUCCGCUCAACAACAAUCUUUCAAAACUUAA